AUGUCUUAUAAUAGGUUCACUCGACCUAUAAUCCUUCUCAUCUUAGUGAUAUUCUUCUUCUUCGUACCUUCUUUCUUUCCUCAGAGAGAUAAGACGAAUCAAGAUGUAUGUGGGAUAGAAGAGAUUUCAUGUUCGACAAUACCAAAUGAAUUAGAUGGAAUCCAACUUGAUCUAGGUAAAAUAUUGGCGAACAUCAAAUCAGCUAUUGGUAUUUCGAUAAAAUCAUUUGAUUCUUCAUAUUACACAAAUGAAUUAGGAUUUCAUAUUACCAGGUUAACGUCUGAAGAAUAUAAGCAAUCUCUUUUAUCUAAAUGGGAAAAAUACUUCACGUCAACUUCGUCGUCUAGUUCAGAGGCAGGAGUAGAAGAUGUCCUAUCAUAUUUAUCUUUCAUCCCUCGACCGAAAUCGAUGAUUCCUACGAAUAUAUAUACGACUUCAAUGGAAGAAACAGAUAAAUUACCUGAUCAAUUUCAAAGUUGGACAAAAGAAAAUUCAGAUUGGAUGACUAGAUUCGUAGAUGAUCAAGGAAUAGAUGAAUGGUUGGAAGAUCUAUUACCAUCUACAGAAGUUGUGAAACAUAUGAAAUGGCUAAAGGACGGUGGGAAAUGGGGUGUAGUAAGGAGUGACUUGUUUAGAUAUCUCGUAUUACUUCUUAAUGGGGGCGUGUAUACCGACACUGACACUGCUUGCGUACGACCUAUAUCUGAAUGGGGUAAAAACGCUAUUAAACAUAAUUCGAUUAAUCCUCUGAUAGAAGCAUUACCUCAAUUGAUCUCUCUUUCUAAUCAGAAUCAUUUAUACAAUAUCGACAGCCCGAUCGAGGACGAUUCGCCUUCGCUUAUUGUAGCAUUAGAAAUAGAUUCACCGGCUUCGGGAUCGGAUUGGAGAUCUGAGACGUUUGUUAGAGGAAUUCAAAUUGUUCAAUGGACAAUAGCGGCCAAGAAAGGACAUCCGGUUUUCUUGGACGUGAUUGGACAUGCUUUGGAUAAGGUUCAGGAAUUAAGAGAGGUCGAGGAGAAAGGCUGGGAGAAUGAUGAUUUGCAAGACAUCUUGGAAUGGUCUGGUCCGGGAGCUUUUACCGAUGCUGUAUUUCGUUAUUUGCUUGUCAGAUAUGGAUUCCAUCCAAAUCAAGUGUCAGGUCUGAAUAGACCGUUACGCGUGGGUGAUGUAUUAAUCAUGCCUGAGCAAUCAUUCAGAGCCGAUGCGUCUGAAGGUUAUCAAGGUGACGAUAAAGUUGUAUGGCAUGGUUUCUUCGGACGAUGGAAAUCCGAUAAAAAUUAA